AUGCUGCAGCAGCAGAAGAUGCAGCAGCAGCAGAAGAUGCAGCAGCAAAAGCAGAAGACGCAGCAGCAGCAGAAGAUGCAGCAGCAACAGCAGAAGAUCCUGCAGCAGCAGCAGAUGCAGCAGCAGCAGCAGCAGGGGAUGCAGCAGCAGAUGCAGCAGCAGAAAAUGCAGCAGCAGCACCAGAAGAUACACCAGCAGGAGAUGCUGCAGCAGCAGCAGAUGCAGCAGCAGCAGAUGCUGCAGCAGCAGCAGAAGAUGCAGCAGCAGAAACAGACGCUGCAGCAGAUGCAGCAGCAGAAGCAGAUGAAGAAGCAACAGAAGAUGCUGCAGCAGCAACAGAAGAUGCUGCAGCAGCUGCAGCAGAAGAUACAGCAGCAGCAGCAGCAGCAGAAGACACAGCAGCAGCAGCAGCAGCAGAAGAUACAGCAGCAGCAGAAGAUGCAGCAGCAGCAGAGACAGCAACGCAAGCUGCGGAGGCGGCUGCAGCAGCAAAUGCUUGACGGGCAGCAGCAGCAGCAGCAGCAGCAGGAGCAGCAGCAGCAGCUGUAG